CUUACAAAUUUGCAAAGUUGUAUAACUGCAAAUUGCCUAUACAUGGCUCUCACACAAAACAACGGAGGAGUGAGCCAUCGCAUUCAUCUAAAAUAUCUUUGCUGCAAGCAGGACUUGUACAAUUUGUUCUCACUGCCGAGCUUUUUUCUCUCCAUGGUGCCUCAACAUUAGUACUCGUUUCUGCUCAGGUAGCACCAGCAGCCAGAUGUUUCAGCUGCUGUGGGUUUGAGAAAGGCUAUGGAUAGCUGCCCGAGCAGUUAAUACACACAGACAAACGAUGCUAACAGCUCCCAUUACACUGUGGCCAAAGGAAUGUCACAUUUGACCUGCCCGUUGCUGUGCGGCUAGCCUGCCAGCUAAAGUUAGCUAGCUAGCUACCGAGCGUUAGCUCAAAUGCAGUUGACUAGGAGAGAGAUGCCCAUAAAGAUAAAGUUACACUGGCAGUGAAACAAAAUAAGCAAAUAACACAAGCAAUGCUAGCUAAGUGCUGAAAAACGACAAGGUUUAACUGCCACCGCGUUUAGAAAACAUUUCGGCGGACUUAUCAACUGUUUUUCCAUCGUCGUUUGGAGAGGGUUAACGGUAGUGACAGUUAUUGGGAACGCUACUGCAGUAGCAGCCAGUCAAGAGUCAACAAUGCUAUUCAUGUUCAGUUCUACACGCCUACUCGGAAGAGGGAAAACUUUGCUCCGUGAUCCGUUUAAGAGGAUUUGCGUAGACAUGUCGUCCUCCUCUCCUUCAGGUAAGAGACUGCGGGUUCUGGUUGACAUGGACGGGGUCUUGGCAGACUUCGAGGGGGGUUUCUUAAAGAAGUACCGGGCCCGAUAUCCGGAAGAUCCCCACAUCACCCUGGACGACAGGAGAGGGUUUUGGGUGUCAACGCAGUACGGGCAGCUGAGGAGUGACCUGUGUGACAAAGCCAUCAGUAUCUGGGAGUCCAAAGACUUUUUCAUAGAACUGGAGCCGCUGCCAGGAGGAGUGGAGGCGGUCAAGGAGAUGGCCAAGAUGGAUAACACAGAUGUCUUUAUCUGCACCAGCCCUAUACAACAUUACAACCACUGCCCGUAUGAGAAGUAUGCCUGGGUAGAGAAGCAUUUGGGCCAUGACUUUCUGGAGCGGGUAAUCCUGACCAGGGACAAGACAGUAAUCACCGGAGACCUCCUGAUAGACGACAAGCCUGACAUUCUAGGCGUGGAGCCCCAACCGACGUGGGAGCACAUCCUGUUCACCGCCUGCCACAACAAGCACCUUCCCCUCAGCCCCCCGCAGAGACGACUCCUGUCCUGGUCGGACGACUGGAGGGCCAUCCUGGACAGCAAAAGGCAGUGAGGGAACCCCUUCACCUACGAGCCCCAGUGGCCCUGGCUUCCUGGUUAGUGGACGAGUUGAGGUGGGUGGGGGGGAGGGAGGGGGGGGUGUCCACCGGAGACAACGUCAUCACCACGCCGGUGGGUGUCGAGGCUCGGAGCGGCCGCUUCAAUAUUAGUUUCUGAAAGGAAGGAGGGUCUAAUAUUAAAAGGGGGAAUGAUCAGCCACAUUCACAAUAUUAUACAGGUUUGAUAUGUUUUUUUUUUUUCACUCUGCUGGGUAUGGACAAUUCACUUGUUCAACCACAAGGGGGCACUCUGAGACUGAGUGUGAUGGGAACCACCUUUCCACCUAUUUCACUGAAGAAACUGUGACAGCAGAAUAUUGAAUUUCAAAUGGAUACACAGGGAGUCUAACAGGGCACAUUGAACUUGUUGUGAGCUGCUCUGUGUCUGCGUACAAUGUUUCUGGGAGACGUAUUGUUAGGAUUUUUUUUUUCUCUUACUCGUUAAAAUCAGAAUUUUAUUUGGGAGACACUGGGGCUGUUUAGCUAUGGUCUUGAUGAUGAUGAUGAUGAUGAUGAUGAUGAUGAAUAAUUUUAUUUCGGUUAACAUAGAUGAAAGAAACAAUUAUUUGCCACCGUAUCGAACCGAAAAAGGAAUAGGCCGAAGCCAAGGCUUAUUUUUGCCUAUCCUAUCCCAUAAUCCCUAUAGAAUCACCCAGAAAUUCAACUAAACUAAAUGAAACCAAAUACUUAAACCUACAUUGUGUAUUUUUUUGAUUUGAUUCUUAGCAAAAA